UGCUGGGGGAGGAAAACUCCAGGAACCUGAGGGAAAGAGGAAGUUCUGCUGGAAACGUCCUGUAAAGAGGCUCUGAUGUCCGGACAGCGGGAGGGAGAGCCCCGGCAUGAGGAGCAGGUUCCUGUGAUAUAGGAUUGUCCGAUGACAUCAUCAGUACCAGAUAAUGGAUGGAGACGGGGACAAGAUGGCGGAGAGGAUGUUAGAUCUUACCCUAGAGAUACUCUUCCUGCUUACUGGAGAGAUGACUGUACUGGGCGCUUGGAGAAACAUCUCAUAUCUACAUAUUAUAAUGCAGAUGAUCCAGGUGUCAUAUCAGAUACAUAUGAAGAGCGUGCCAUUAUCCCAGAUGUACCCUCAGACCUUCACAGCAAAAAUCUAUCAUCUCAUCCUUUAAAACAAGUCCAAUCUUCUAAUUCAUCACAUACUCUUCCUCAGAAUGAAACUCACAGAAGAGGUUCUGGAACCAAAAGAGCUCAGAAAAAGCCGUAUUCAUGUUCAGAAUGUGAAAAAUGUUUUACAAAAAAAACACAUCUUGAAAACCAUCAGAGAAUUCACACAGGAGAGAAGCCGUAUUCAUGUACAGAAUGUGGAAAAUCAUUUACUCAGCAAUCCGGAGUUGUUAAACAUCAGAGAAGUCACACAGGAGAGAAGCCAUUUUCAUGUACAGAAUGUGGAAAAUCAUUUACUCAGCAAUCCACUGUUGUUCUACAUCAGAGAAGUCACACAGGAGAGAAGCCAUAUUUAUGUUCAGAAUGUGGGAAAUGUUUCACUCGGAAAUCAUCACUUGAGAGCCAUCAGAGAAGUCACACAGGAGAGAAGCUGUAUUCAUGUUCAGAAUGUGGGACAUUUUUCACUCAGAAAUCAUCACUUGAGAGCCAUCAGCGAAUUCACACAGGGGAGCUGUAUUUAUGUUCAGAAUGUGGGAAAUGUUUUACUCAGAAAUCAUCUCUUGAGACCCAUCGGAGAAUUCACACAGGGGCGAAACCAUAUUCAUGUACAGAAUGUGGUAAAUGUUUUACUCAGAAAUCAUCUCUUGAGGGCCAUCAGAGAAAUCACACAGGAGAGAAACCAUAUUCAUGUUUAGAAUGUGGUAAAUGUUUUACUCAGAUAUCACAUCUUAAGAGCCAUCAGAGAAGUCACACAGGAGAGAAGCCAUAUUCAUGUUCUGAAUGUGGCAAAUGUUUUACUCGGAAAUCAUCUCUUGUUCAACAUCAGAGAAUUCACACAGGGAACAAGCAAUUCUAAAUCCUUCCUGUAAAAUAUGCCAUGAUUUUCCAUAUUUUUAUAUUUUUUUUGCAAUCAUUUAUAGCGAGAAGACUCAGCUUUGUUAUAUAAAUAUUGCAUAUAUAUUGAAGCAGGAAUUAAAAGAAAAUAUCAAUAUAUUCAGAAGUGUAGUUACAGCUGUUAUAAUUGUAGAUCUUAAAGGGGUUGUGCAAGAAUGAGGGGGUUUGGCAAACUCCCCCACUUUACUGGAUCUGUAAAGGGAAGAUUACUUACCUGCUUCCUGGCGAUGGCUCUCUGCUCCUUCUCUUCCAAGCCUGCAAUGCUCGGCUGGGCUCAUCUGGUUUACAUUGCCACAGCAAACACUGGCCGCGGCGGAGACUGGAUCCCCUUGUGUCAUGUGACUAUUUGCCAUGACGUAAGGGAAACCAGUAACCAUGAUCGUCCAUGAAUUAUAUAAUACUAGACAUUAAGCCUGUUGAAAUAACAGGCGCUAGAACAGUAGUGCAUAAACAUUAGUAGGAACAGUCUAUAUUAAAUGGCAAGGGAACUUGACACUGACUGGUUUCCGCGACUGAGAUUGCUGACUGUGGCUGCGGCUGAGAUUGUGGCCUGUGGCUG